CCCCGUGCUCAGCUCCAGCCGCCGCGUCCCGACUGGGCCUCCCCUCGUCGGAAUACCGGGCACCGGCGGUCCCGCCCCUACCUGCGCGUCGCUUCUCCGAGAACAACCGUCUCCCUCCGGAGCGUCACAGACAGACAUGGCCCAGAGGAGGGAGCCGCGCGGCCUCCAGUCUCCGCACAGCUUUACGCGCGGCGCUUAGCCUGGGAUCAGGCAGCUAGGCCGCAAAUGCAAUCAGGCGGCGCUGAGGGCAGCCCGGGGGCGGGGCGAACGGGGCUGGAGCCGGGGCUGAGAUAUCCAGCGGCGCCGCAGACCGCUCGGGAGGCGUGGCCAAUGUAGUUGGAGGCGGGGCUAGGGGGGCUACAAGUUAGACCCUAGGCACCGCUAGCGUCUCGGGGCGUGGCCAACGAUGCGGGAGGCGAGGCCGUGAUGCUGGACAGGAGGCUGUGCUGCGUACAAGCCCAUGAGAAAGCCUUGAAGAUGGCGGCCUCCUGGAAGCUAGGCUGUGACCCGCGGCUGCUGCGUUACCUCGUGGGCUUCCCUGGCCGCCGAAGCGUGUCAGGGCUGGUGAACGGGGCUGUUGGGUGGUCUGUAAGCCGAGGAUCUAGUUGGAGAUGGUUUCACAGCGCACAGUGGCUUCGGGGUGAUCCCAUUAAGAUACUAAUGCCAUCACUGUCUCCCACAAUGGAAGAAGGAAACAUUGUGAAAUGGCUGAAAAAGGAAGGUGAAGCAGUGAAUGCUGGAGAUGCAUUAUGUGAAAUUGAGACUGACAAAGCUGUGGUUACCUUAGAUGCAAGUGAUGAUGGAAUCUUGGCCAAAAUUGUGGUUGAAGAAGGAACAAAAAAUAUACGGCUAGGUUCACUAAUUGGUUUGAUAGUAGAAGAAGGAGAAGAUUGGAAACACGUUGAAAUUCCCAAAGAUGUAGGUCCUCCACCACCAGCUUCAAAACCUUCAGAGCCUCGCCCCUCCCCAGAACCACAGAUUGCCAUCCCUGUCAAGAAGGAACACACACCCGGGACACAACAGUUCCGUUUAAGUCCAGCUGCCCGCAAUAUUCUGGAAAAACACUCACUGGAUGCUAGCCAGGGCACAGCCACUGGUCCUCGGGGGAUAUUCACUAAAGAGGAUGCUCUCAGACUUGUCCAGUUGAAGCAGAUGGGCAAGAUCACUGAGUCCAGACCGACCCCAGCCCCUGCAGCCACUCUUACAGCACCUUCACUGCUACAGGCCAUAGCUGGGCCAUCUUAUCCCCGGCCUAUGAUUCCACCAGUAUCAACUCCUGGACAACCCAAUGCAGUGGGCACAUUCACUGAAAUCCCCGCCAGCAAUGUUCGAAGAGUUAUUGCCAAGAGAUUAACUGAAUCUAAAAGUACUGUACCUCAUGCAUAUGCUACUGCUGACUGUGACCUUGGAGCUGUUUUAAAAGUUAGGCAAGAUCUGGUCAAAGAUGACAUUAAAGUAUCAGUAAAUGAUUUUAUCAUCAAGGCAGCAGCUCUUACCCUUAAACAAAUGCCAGAUGUUAACGUAAGCUGGGAUGGAGAGGGCCCAAAGCAACUGCCAUGUAUUGACAUUUCAGUGGCUGUGGCAACAGAUAAAGGCUUAAUUACACCAAUCAUUAAAGAUGCUGCUGCUAAGGGUAUCCAGGAAAUUGCUGACUCUGUAAAGGCUCUAUCAAAGAAAGCAAGAGAUGGAAAAUUGUUGCCUGAAGAAUACCAAGGAGGGUCUUUUAGUAUUUCCAACUUGGGGAUGUUUGGCAUCGAUGAAUUUACUGCAGUGAUUAACCCUCCUCAGGCCUGCAUUUUGGCUGUUGGGAGGUUCCGACCUGUGCUGAAGCUCACUGAGGAUGAAGAGGGAAAUGCCAAACUGCAGCAGCGCCAGCUCAUCACAGUCACAAUGUCAAGUGACAGUCGAGUGGUUGAUGACGAACUGGCAACCAGAUUUCUUAAAAGCUUUAAAGCAAACCUAGAGAAUCCUAUCCGACUUGCCUAAUCCUCAGAGAUAAGUUGGUGUUCGGCUUAGUUGAUUCAGUAGUUUUUACUGAGAAACAUACGUUAUAGAAAAACAACUAGCUAUUUAAGUAUGAAGUGGAUGAAAUGUUUAUUUAAGGUGAAAGCAUUUGACCCAGGGUGUCUUCAUUUUCAAUUUGGGUUUAAUGUUAUAACAUAAAUGAUGAUAAACUGUAAAUAAUAAAGGAAAGAGAAUAUUUGGUUACUCAAAUCCAUUUUUAACCUCUGGUGCUGUAUAAAGGGAAUAUUAAACUAGAUGUAAAUCAAGUAUAUGUUUGGCUCAUUUGAGCAUUUUAGAAUAUUUGAGAAUGUAUGAUACAUGUAAAAUUUAAAAACUGUUAUAACUCUACCAUAAUUGUGUUGAAGUUAGAAGUGAUCUUCAAAGAGAUACCCAUUAACUUAGCAGUGGGACCUCACUUUUACAAGCACUGCUCUAGAUAUACUUGAAGAAUUUAAUAUGUACAGAAGUUUAUUCUGGAUAAUAAAUAAGGAUCACACUGUAUUAGGGGUUAUGGCAACAUUAUUGAAUUUUUAUGUACAUAAAGCCAUAUGUUUAGGGUGGUUUCUAUCUGUCUUGUUUUUCACUUAUAUAACACUGUGAACUUCUAAAGUGAAAGAAUAAAAGAAGCAUGAAUAAAAAGAAAGACAUUUCAAAAAAAUGGGUCAAUGAAAAACUAUAGUUAAAACAUAAACCUUUCUAGGUAAACCACUCUACUUCAUCUUGAGUUGGAAUAUAUUUAAAUAAAUUGUGUUAUCUCUUGCCAAACA